AAAAGGAGAAGUUACUGAAAGAAUGUUGUUAAUGAAUUCACACAAGAGUGCGCAGUACAGCUGGGAGAAACUCGUCGCAAGGUUUGAAAACAUCAGCUAAUAGUUGCUGUGGUUCACCUGAGCCAGGUAGCCCUGCCCCGCGUUUCUCCACAUACCCGUGCUCAUUAUGAGUUGCAGGGUGUGCUAGCAGGGUGGUGUAUGUGCUGAAUAUGUGUGUGUGAAGCGGUGCCUCUAUCGAUGUGCUGGUUGUGAAAACACGGGUCCAUGUCAUUCCGGUCACAACAUCAGAUAGCAAACCAAACCGACGAACCCAGAAAACUGGAUUGCUAAAAAAAAAAAAAAUUACAGAAGAAAAAAACUUUCCCCGUACACAUUUCAGAAAGCGAAAGAAAGCCGCAUACAGGAAGUCACGGAGAACACUUUUUUUUUUUUUUGCCUGUUUUGUGUAGUGUCUGUCAGCGAGGUGUCCGACUGCUCUGCGCGAUAGCUAAAUCAGUGACGCGCCGAAGAAGAUGGAAUUAAUCUGCUGAGGAAAGGAGUCGAACAAAGCGAAAGAAACUCGCGUCGUGUCUGUCUGGCGGCGGGUAUAAGAACACGAUGGACGGGGAUAAGGGGAAGGGAGGCGGACUGAUUCCUAAAGGGCUCGCUCAGAUUCAAAAAGCGACUGAAAAGAGUGAAAGUGAUAAGCCCAGCAGAGAGGCUCGGAUUGAGGGCAAAGCGAAAGGAAAGGGUCCCGCGGGGUCUACGCCAGAGCACUCUGGGACCCAGGCGAGUGACGAGGAGGAGGGGGAGGAGGAGGGGGGCGAGCGAGGCUCCAACAGGUUGAGCAAAUUCUUCUCAUCGUUCCGCUCCAAGCUGUCCAGAGAGAAAGGCAGUAAGGAGCAGCCAGUGCUGGAAGUGGCCAGCGAGUCGAAGCCUGCAGAGAUGGAGCAGAGAGAGACUCGGUACUCUAGCGGGCAGUUCUUCUUCGAGUACCUGGUGGUCGUCACGGUGAAGAAGAAGGGAGAGAGCUACGAGCCACAGAUCACAUACCAGUUCCCAAAGCGGGACGGGAUGGUGCGUUUCCAGAAAGAGGAAGAGGAGAAGACCCUGACGGCCAUCACGCUGUUCUGCUUCCCAGAGGGAAUCAACUGGGCCCCGCUCACAGAGUACCGCAGUGAAACCUUCUCCUUUGUCUUGACUGAAAUUGAUGGGAGCCGGAGGAAUGGAUACUGCAGGAGAUUACUGCCUCAUGGGAAAGGAGCCCGCCCUCCUGAAGCAUACUGCAUCAUCAGCAAGCUGGCCUGCUUUGGACUCUUCUCAAAGAUCUUCGACGAGGUGGAGAAGCGGCGCCAGAUUGCGCCGGCGAUGAUUUACCCGUUCAUGCAGAGCCUGAGAGAGUCUCCGUUCCCCGCGCCGGGACACACCGUGAAAGUCAAGAGCUUCAUCCCUGACUCGGGCACCGAGAUCAUCGAGCUGACCCGGCCGCUGGACCCCCUGCUGGAGCACGUGGAUUUCAGAACGCUCUUCAAGUGCCUGAAGGAUGAGGAGGUCCUGCAGGUGUUCGCCUCCACGGUGCUGGAGCGCAGGAUCAUCUUCGUGGCAGACGAGCUCAGCACCCUGUCUCAGUGCAUCCACGCUGUGGCCGCGCUGCUCACCCCCUUCAUCUGGCAGCACACCUUCAUCUCCAUCGUGCCCAAGAUCCUGAUCGACGUGGUCAUGGCGCCCACCCCCUACCUGCUGGGUGUGCAGAAGCAGCUGCUGGAGGAGGUGCUGGACAACAGCGACAUAUUAAUAGUGGAUUUAUCUGAAGGAUCUAACAAGACUUUCAUUCAGAAACUGGGUGAUGAGAAAAGCCUCCUGCCACCAAAGCUGCAAACUGAGAUCCUGCAGGCGCUGAGUGCCAGGAAAGAGAACUCCACGCCUGAGGAGCUGAAUAAGAUUGUGUCUGCUGCGUUUGUUCCGUUCUUCGUGAAGACGGUGGGACACUUCUCCUCCCACGUCAAGAGGAACAGUAAAGGAGGGCGGGGGGAGUUCCAGAAGAAAAGCUUCUGCAAAGCGGUGGAGUCCAAGACGACCCGCAAGUUUGUCAAGAAGUUCAUCCAGACCCAGAUGUUUGAUUUAUUUAUUCAAGAAAUAGAGCAGCAGCCAGCAGGACAGGAAGGAUUUUUUCAGAAAAAGAUUGCAGAAUAUAAAGAGAAAAUGAAGAAGGAGAAGAAGAAACACUAGAAUAAACGAUCUUUGCAUUCAUCUCUUGGACUGACUCGCCCAAUAACUGAGAGAGACUCUGUGUGUGUGUGUGGAGAAAUCCAUGCGAUGCUAAGGACUCUGACUUUUAUUCAGUGAAACGGGAGAAGCUGCUGUAAAUGCCGGUGUUUAUCUGUGUGUGUGUGUGUGUGUUUGUAGAUGGGAAUUGCUUGUACAUUGCUACCCAGAAGAGUAAAGAGUUUUACAUUUUC